AUGGGCAUUCACCUGUGGAAGUAUCGCGCAACCUUGAUCAAGAUCGGUGAGCAGUGGGAGAUGUGUGACUUUCAGGAACCUUUGGAGCGUUGCCAGUCAUUGGAGGAGCUCUUACCGGGUGUAGUCAUGCCAGUUCCUGUUCUGACAAUCAUGCACCGGAGUGAGAGCAGCUUGGAGAAUUGCGGCAUUGAUGUCCAGAGCGAGUUCAAAUUCGAGGCCCCCAUUCUCCCAGAAGUUCAUGAACCGCCUGAAGUGAUUGAUUUGCCCAUGGAGGAUCAAGAAGAACAACCUCCGCUUCAAGUACCAGCUCCACCUCCAGGAGUCAUGGUUCGAGAUGAUGAUCAUGUGAUGGUUGAGGGGAUCAGACUUGGUCCAGACUCCAGCUCAGCAGCUUUGAAGGCAGCUUGCAAAUCCCUCGGCAUCGGCAUGUCCGGUGGUAAGGCGCAACUUUUCAAACGUUUGGUGAACCACAUGAAGCGUAGGAACUUUGAAGACUCCUUGUCUUUGGAGAACGCAGCGAAGCCUCUUGAACAUGGUCCCAGAGCACAAGCGACUCCUCCUACUCCGUCGGAUGAAGAGGUGGCUUUGCACAACCUCACUCAUGUUCCCUUUAAGAAUUGGUGCCCUUACUGCAUUUCAUGCCGCUCACGUAGAGAUCAUCAUGAUCAAGGUGGAGGGAAGCAUGCAUCGCCAGGUGGCUUUCCUUGCAUCGCCUUUGACUUCUGGUAUGCCAAGAUCGCAGGCAGCGAGUACCAUUUCAUGGAGAAAGUGUCAGAAGGUGACAAAGAGAUCCUGACUGUCUUGUCGAUCGUUGACAGGUCAACUGGGAUGUGCCGUGGAGUUGCUCUUCCCUCAAAAGGCCAUGAGUCUCUUGUCUAUGCAGCAAAGAAAAUCCUCAGCUUCAUAGCCUAUCUAGGACAUCAAACUGUCGAGGUGCGUGCUGACAAUGAGCCUGCUGUGGAGUCUUUGGUCACCAUGGUUGUUCAGGCAAGGAACAAGAUUGGUUUGAAAACGUUAUCGAAGCCCAGUCAACCCUAUGGGCGUGCCACCAACGGGGCAGCAGAGCAGGCCAUUCAGACCUUGAGAGAUCUUGGAGCCACCUUGCUCGAGCAGGUUAGAACCAAAGCCGGUAUCGACCUCAAGACUUCCGAUGAUCUUAUUGGAUGGGCCUACUCCCAUGCUGGUGUGUUCUUGGGCAAAGUCCCCUCGAAUGAUCUUAAUUUUUGCGGCACGGUUCUCAAGGAGUUCCAGGGCAAGGCUUACAAGUACGGCAUGGGUAGUCUUGGUGGUCGCUUAGUCCAGAAGCAAGUGUUCCUCCCCAACGUGAUGAGGCCGCAUCAGAUCCUCCAUCGCUGCAAUGGAUACUUCGAGUCCGUCGAUGGUGACACUUUGUACACGUUGGACGAGCAAUGGGAGAUGGAUCCUGAUGGCGGGGAUGAACAUCUUGAGGCUCAGUGGGAUGACACUGAUGAUGAGGUUGAUUGGUCCGACUUGAGAGAAGCUGAUGGCCCGCCUGACUUGCUUGAGGAUCAGCUCAAGGUGGUUGACUUCAUGGCUGAAGAUGAGGAGGUCGUCAGGCUGGAGCACAUGAAAGUCCUUGAAGCUGUUAGUGACCUCCCCUCUGGUGCCAAACUUCUGCGCACAAGGUUCGUUCAUGAUUGGCGAUUCCGGGAUAAGGCCUGGAAGAGGCGAGCCCGUCUAGUGUGUAAAGAGCUCAGGAUUUGGGACCCAAAUCGGUCUGAUGUGUAUGCCCCAUCAACAAAUCCUGCUGUGUGUCGAGUGAUUCCUCUUCUCUUUACCUCAAAACCUGGAUGGAUCAUGAAAUCCUUCGAUGUCAAAGACGCAUUCCUUUGUGUUCCACAACGUGAGGAAUUGUACGUGGAGUUGGGCGGUAAGACCUACCAAGUUCACUAUUGUUUGCCAGGACAGCAGGCAGCAUCUGCCUGGUGGGGUGAACAGCUCGCAGGAGAUCUGAAAGCUUCCGGACUUUCAGUCGACAUUGCUUGCCCCGCAGUGCUCGGACAAGAAUCAUCAGGAGCCACUGUUCAUGUGGAUGAUGGACUACUUGGGGGCCUUCCCGCUGGAGUUGAUGCAGUUGUUGAGGUCCUAGACAAGAAGUAUAAGGUCCAAGUUUCCGAUGUAGUGCGCAAACCAGGUGAUAUCCUCCGUUUCUUGAAGAAGGAGUUCACGGUGACGGACGAAGGCCUUGAAAUCACCCUGGAUCCCAAGUACAUUGAUCGAGUGUGCGAGUUGUUGAACGUGGUGAACCCCAAGCGCCGCAGGGUACCUUGCUCCCAAGACAUUUUGUCUCGAGAUGAGAGUGAUCCGCUGUCAGAGGCUCAGACAUCAAAGUUCAGGGGGGCAAUUGGUUCCUUGCUGUAUGUUUCUCCGGAACGUCCUGACGCUCAGUUUGCAAUAGCUUGCCUGGCCCGAUCCAUGUCAAGGCCUACGAAGCAAGCUUGGCGCCAUCUCUAUGGUUUGGCUGAGUACUUAUGGCGCGCAAAGCAUUACAAGCUCUUGCUCAGAUGGGCUUUCCCAGGUCG